ACUGCUGCGCCUUGCAAUUUUUGGCUCUUUUACCCUUCUUUAUAAGCAGUUUCCUCACCCCCACUCUCCCUCGCCCAGUCUUCACAACCCUACUUCCUCCACACAGACCUCCUUUCCUAUCGCCCAGGCUAUUGUAACUCCCAGCCCCUUGCAGAUCCCAGGCCUCACACCCAUGUAGGCAGAGAGUCCACAGACAAAAACUGCGACACACAGUGGACCCCUGCUGCUAGCUCAGCUUGCAUCCACAGAGAUGAUUCCAACACUGAUACAAGCUCUGGGUUUAACUAUGAUUCCCUGGCUGAUUUUGGUGUAGAAUCUCCGCAUGAUAAUGGGAAUAUCUCAAAGCAAAACACACACUCUUCAUACCAAUCUAACAGCGACUCCAAAACUAAUGGCAGGGAGUUUGCAUCAGACUCACUUUGUAAUUUUGACUCUCUCUACUGCAGUGACUCAGAGAAGAAGAAAUACACACACAUUAUGUCAGAUACACCUGUUAGUGUCACCGUGGAGGCACCAGGUUGCACCACUCCGUAUAAAAACAUUGAUGUCAUGAUGACGUAUUCCAACAGUAUCAGUGCUAUAGACUCGCUGUAUUCAGAAACGCGCACAAACUCUCACACAGACCACAAUAGCACCAAGGCCAGGGCGUCCAAAGAACUUCCUCCUCUCCCCACCUGUUAUCUGUACUACCCAAAGAACUGUCCUCUGCACAAGGGUGCCCCUCCUCGCCUCUCCCCUAUCGGAGCCCUCUCCCCUCCCCAGCGCCCCGGUGAGCCCCCUCCAGGCUCGGCAGGCUCCUGCCUCAGCUCCCCGCUUUUCCCCCGCUCGCACACCUUGCCUGCCCUUGCUGCUCCCCUCUACUAUCCAAACCUCUACCCUCCUAUACCGCCCAGGGCACCCCCCCUACCCCCAAAACUCUACCAGGCUCCUCCGCAGUCACGUGUGGCGACUGUUCGCAGUGUCUCAUUCGCUGGCUCUGUACAGAGGGGAGAGACGUCCUGGAUGGGCGAAGAUGUGAAGUUUCCAAUGAGAGGUCUUGGCCUGUCCUCUCUGUGCCUGCAGGAGAAGAGAGCUCUGGUCAGUGCGGUCAGUGUGGCAGUGGAAGCCAUUUUGGCCCAGUUCAGUUCUUCUCGGACUGUAGUUCAGAAGUCUCUCUCAGUUAACAAGGCCUUAUCAGGAGACAGCACUAUAAAUCCAUCUCUGGGCCGUCUGGUGCUGCAGUGCCUCUGCCCCGCCCUGCACAGCUUGCUGACCGAUGGCUUAAAACCCCACCAGAGUGACCUGAUUGCAGGCAGGAGGCCAAACUCCGCCUGGGGUCUGGUCCAGGCCUCAACCAGGCCAGGUCCUAAAACACAAGCCUUGUUCAACCUACAAGUACGAGUUGGAGAGCUGCCCCAGCUCAGACAGAGCAAACACCGGUUCAAUGCAUUCCUUCUUGGCCUACUGAAUAUCAAGUUUCUUGAUUUCUGGCUCUCUCACCUUCAGUCUUGCAGUGAUGUGUUGGAGACAUACUACUGUCCCACCUCCUUUAUGCGUCUGUCCUUGACAACCUGCCAACCUCUGUUUGAGGAGCUGCUCCUCGUGCUGCAGCCUCUCAGCCUGCUGACCUUCAACCUCGACCUGCUCUUCCAGCACCACCAUUUAGAGCCAGAUAGUCACAGCCCAGAGAUCCCCAGUCCGCCCUGUCAGGAUGCAGGGUUCCAGCUGUCAACAAAGAGGUCCCAAUCCAAAAUCACAGGCAGCAGAUAUAUUGAAAGCCUCUCAGAAGUAGACUUUGGAAGCCCAGAACAUCAGGCAGCUAAAGAAAAAUCGUCACCAUUGGCUAAUCCAAAGAACAGGGGAUCAGGGGAGUCAACACAUGUCGAUGCUGCACCCGUAAAGGCUUCGGUCACUCUCGGUCAGACAAGUCCUCAGCUGUUGUGGGUGCAGGAGAAGGAAAUUGGAGAGUUACCUCCUCCUAAUGUGGAGGAGGACAGCCUCGCUCAGCAGGCAGGACAGGUGAUCCAGCAGGGGUGGGGGGCUGUUAUGCGCUGGGGAGGACGAAUAAGCCAGAACCUGGCUGAACUGAGCCUCUCUGCAGGGAAAAAAGAGGAAAUGAAGACAGAUUUGUCGGACCUCCAGACCCAGGCAGCGAGUGACUACACUCCAGUCAGCAGUGGUGCUCAGGUUCCCUGGGGUCUGGGUCGGCUGUUUGGAGCCUCUAAAAGCCCAAACAGCCCAACAGGUCACACACCACCAACCAGACGUCCCUCUCAGUGGUUGGCUCCUGGUGUCACGGCGCUGACCCGAAUGGUGAGCAGCAGCUCCACCCCGAUGAUCAAGAGGGCCCCGGAGCCUCAGGGAGAAAGUGAGCCAGAGCCAGAGAAAGAGGUCAACACACUGGAGAUAAAGGAAAAACCCCGACCACUCAGGUCAGUACGAACGCUGUGUGACCACACUGGAACGGGCUCGGAGCUCAGUUUCCGCAAAGGGGAAGAACUUGUGGUGUUGGGAGGCGUCGAUCAAGACUGGAUUUGCUGCCGUCAGGGAGACAAAGAGGGGCUGGUACCCAUUGGCUACACAUCCCUCAUCAUGUGACUUCGGCACCGUAACUGCUGCACUCAAUCAAUAAAAAAAAAAAAAAAGAAAGAAAAAUUAAAAAAAAUAUAUAUAUUUUAGGCAAGUGUUGAGAGGUUGUGGUGAGGCUCCUCUACUCUGAAAGGGAUAUUUCACACUUGCUCGGUUAGAGUUUGAGUUGAGUGCAUAACACCAUCUGUUCUGCUUUAUGUUCAUCAGGAGCAGUCUGCAGCCCUCUCCCUUUGUGAACAUAUGGGAGUUUUUUUCCCCGUCAUAAUCCAUCCAGUUUGGUAGCAUUCAACUAAUGGACUUUAAGCAGCAGGAAUGCAGCAGAUGGUGUGAAAUAAUGACUCAAGUCAAAUUUAGACCGUUUCACACUGGAGGACCUUUGAUCUUGGGGUGAAGUAUCCCUUUAAAUGCUCUUGUCUCAGUUUCUGCCUUCAUCACCUUUAGCCACUGAUCUGAAAAUGAUCACGGGAAAUUCUGUGCAAUCAACCACUAGCAGAUUCAAGUACUUUCAGAUCAGCGGCUGCCUGCCGUGAGGAGGCGACAGUCGACAGCCUGGUAGUAGCCACGUAAAUAUCUCUGUUCGUCAGUCGUAGAGAGUCAUGGUUCACAGGCUGUCGAGCAGAGAAAGCAUGUUAGAGUACUGGGCCGUAGCUCCUGUUGCAUACCGCGUAGUAAUGUAGUGGAUUGUAGCUGUGUAGAUCUGUGUUCUAUUGACCUUUCACCCCUAUUGACCUCUCACCUUUAUCGCUUGGUUCAUGUGUGUUUGACAUGUUUCUGCUACUAUAUUUGACUGUAUAAAUAUACAUAAAAAAAUCUAUAUAUAGGUAUAUAAAUUGAGAUUGUUAUUACCAAGAUAGAUAGAAAGAUAGAUGAACAAGAGAAACCAGAUAGUGAAACACAAGCCGCAGCUUAAUUCUGUGGCCAUAUUGAGGAAGUGGAUGAAUAAUAACGAAAGGAUUCAUUCUUUAUCUUUACAUCUGCAACUUUCCUUAAUGCAAAUCAACUUUCAUACAUGCAAAGAGAAAGGUGUGUGUAUGAAAUCCAGUAUCUUCCCUCUUUGUGUGCUUUAUGUAUUGCCAUUGUCCUGACAUCAUAUUAAUCACAUAAUUAGAUAUAGUGUUAUUCACACCUUUAAACACCGUAUGCAUCAUAAUGUGCCAUGAAUGCUUUGAAUUAAUGCCAGAAAAUAUCUAUCUUUCCAACAGCAAUCAGACAACAGCAAUCUGUAGCUAAUCUCGCCACUCGAAAACCAAAACCUCACAGGGCCAUCGUGGGUCAGAGGAAGCACCUCACAAAACUAUGCUUAGCUCUUGUUCAUCACUAUCUAAAAUUAAAAUUAUGAGAAAAUCCAUGAUGUAUGUAAUUCACAACUGCUACUGUAAAGUCUGUAGGUUUGGUGGCUGGUCUUCACCUUGUACCUCAGCUUUAGUAUUUAACUUACCCCUUCCUGCCAUGUUUGCUGAUCAUAAUCAUUGAUAUUAAUGACAGUGGUAGUAGAAGUGGUAGUGGUGGAAGUGAUAUGUUGAUUCUAAUGUUGCUUAUAUGAAAUAUGUUGCUUUGUGUCAUAUAUUUAUUAGUUAUUCUCUAGAGUCUGUAUUUAUGACUAUGCAUAUGGUUAAAUGUACUACUUUAAGCCUUUUUUGAUUGUUUUACACAGUCAUGAUUAUAAUUUAAUGUUCUCAUGCAAGUUGACACCUAAAGCCUAAAGUAAUAGCUUAAAUGGUUAAAUGUUAAAAUAAGAGUGUGGUAAAAAAAAAAAAAAAAACAACAAAACAACAAAAACAAACAAAAAAAGCCUGACACUAAAGGGCCCUCA